CCCACCGGGUCCGCCAUGGGCCCACCAAGGCCCGCGCUCCUGCUGCUGCUGCUGCUGCUGCUGGCUGGCAGCGUCCCGGCCCAAGAGGAGGCGCUGGAAAGGGAAAACGUCAUCUCAAGUUGUCCAAAAGAUGCAACUCGGUUCAAACAUCUCAGGAAGUACGUUUACACCUAUGAGGCCGAGAGUUCCAGUGGGGUCCCUGGGACUGCGGAUUCUAGGAGCGCCACCAAGAUCACCUGCAAGGUUGAGCUGGAGGUCCCCCAACUCUGUAGCUUCGUCUUGAAGACAAGCCAAUGCACCUUGAAGGAGGUAUACGGCAUCAGCCCGGAGGGCAAGGCUUUGCUGAAGAAGACCAAGAACUCUGAGGAGUUUUCCACUGCCAUGUCCAAGUACGAGCUCAGGCUGACCAUUCCUAAAGGGAAGCAAGUUUUACUUUACCCAGCGACAGAUGAACCCAAACACAUCCUGAACAUCAAGAGGGGCAUCAUCUCUGCCCUUCUGGUUCCUCCAGAGACAGAAGAGGACAAACAAGUGCUGUUUCUGGAUACUGUGUAUGGCAACUGCUCCAGCGACUUUGCCGUGAAAAGCCGGGCUGCCAAUGUGGCAACAGAGAUAGGGAUUGAAAGGAAACUGGAGCGCUGUGAUCACACCCGCCCCUUAUCAACUCUGGUCAGCAGCAGCCAGUCCUGCCAGUACACCCUGGAUGCCAAGAAGAAACAUGUGUCUGAAGCCAUCUGCAAGGAGCAGCACCUGUUCCUGCCUUUCUCCUACAAGAAUAAGUAUGGAAUGAUGGCACGUGUCACGCAGUCUUUGAAACUUGAAGACACGCCUAAGAUCAACACUCGCUUCUUUGACGAAGGUGUGGAGGCAGUGGGCCUCGCCUUGGAGAGCACCAAGUCCACAUCCCCUCCAAAGCAGACAGAGGCCAUUGUGAAGACCCUUCAGGAACUGCAACACCUGUCGGUUUCUGAGCAGAAUGCCCAGAGAGCUAAACUCUUCCACAAGCUGGUUACUGAACUGCGAGGGCUCAGGAAUGAGGCAGUGGCAUCGCUCUUGCCAAAGCUCAUCGAGGUGUCCAGCCCGGUCACUUUACAAGCCUUGGUGCAGUGUGGGCAGCCCCAGUGUUACACUCACAUCCUCCAAUGGCUGAGAACUGAGAAAGCCAACCCCCUUCUGAUAGACGUCGUCACCUACCUGAUGGCCCUGAUCCCAGAGCCCUCCGCGGAGAGGGUACGGGAGAUCUUCAUCACGGCGAAGGAGCAGCAGAGUCGCGCCACCCUCUAUGCCUUGAGCCACGUGGUCAACAACUAUUAUAAGAUAACCCAGCAGGCGACCCAGAUCCUGUUGGACAUUAUGAAUUACCUGUUGACACAGAUUCAAGAAAACUGCACUGGGGACACAGAUCACGUCUACCUGAUCCUGAAGGUCAUUGGAAAUAUGGGCAAAACCAUAGACCAAGUGAGCCCAAGCCUGAAGUCUGCAGUCCUGAAAUGCGUCCGAAGCACAGAGCCAUCGCUGCUGAUUCAGAGAGCUGCUAUCCAGUCCCUGAGGAAAAUGGCCACGAAUGACGAGGUCCAAAGGGCCCUUCUUCAGGCUUUCCUCAGUGGUGUUGCUCCAGUGGAUAAGCGUCUGGCUGCCUAUCUCAUGCUGAUGAAGGGGCCUUCCCAGUCAGACAUUAGCAGAAUCGCCCGACUUCUCCCGCGAGAACAGAAUGAACAUGUAAAGAAUUUUGUGGCUACCCACAUUGCCAACAUCUUGAACUCAGAAGAUCUUUCUAUCCAACACCUGAAAAUGCUGGUAGAAGAAGCGCUUAAAGGGUCUCAACUUCCAACAAUUGCGGAUUUCAGAAAAUAUUCCAGGAACUACCAGUUGUCCAAGUCUGUUUCCCUUCCAUCCCUGGGUCCAGUCUCAACCAAAAUCGAAGGAAAUCUUAUAUUUGAUCCAAAUAGUUAUCUUCCUAAAGAAAGCAUGCUGAAAACCACCCUCACUGUGUUUGGAUUUUCUGCACUUGACCUCUUCGAGAUUGGUGUGGAAGGAAAGGGCUUUGAGCCAACCCUGGAAGCUCUCUUCGGGAAACAAGGAUUUUUCCCAGACAGUGUCAACAAGGCUUUGUACUGGGUUGAUGGCCACGUUCCUGAUCAGGUUUCCAAGGUCUUGGUGGACCACUUUGGCUACACCAGAAAUAACAGGCAUGAGCAGGAUAUGGUCAAUGGAAUCAUGUUCAACAUCGAGAAGUUGAUCAAAGAUUUGAAGUCCAAAGACAUCCCGGAAGCCAGUGCUUACCUUCGCUUCUUGGGAGAGGAGCUUGGCUUUGUCAGGCUCAGUGACCUACAGCACCUGGGGCGACUGCUGCUCAGUGGUGUCCAAAAUCUGCAGGGGAUCCCCCAGCUAAUCAAAGAGGCCAUAAGGAAAGGUUCAAUGAACGAUUUGUUUCUUCACUACAUCUUCAUGGACAAUGCCUUUGAGCUCCCCACCGGUGCUGGACUGCAACUACAAGUGUCCUCAUCUGGAAUCAUCGCUCCUGGGACCAAGGCUGGAGUGAAAGUGGAAGUAGCCAAUAUGCAGGCUGAUCUGGUAGCCAAGCCUUCUGUCUCGGUGGAGUUUGUGACGAAUAUGGGCAUCAUCAUUCCUGACUUUGCUAAGAGUGGGGUCCAAAUGAACACCAACUUCUUCCAUGAGUCAGGCCUGGAGGCUCGCGUUGCCCUGAAAGCUGGGCAAUUGAAGUUCAUUGUUCCCACGCCCAAGAGGCCAGUCAAGCUCUUCAGCGGCAGUAACACGUUGCAUUUGACCUCUACCACCAAAACGGAAGCAGUUCUACCUCUGGCUGUGGACAGGCAGUCCUGGACAACAUGCAAGCCUUUCUUCACCGGCCUGAACUACUGCACCACUGGUGCUUACUCUAAUGCCAGCUCCACAGACGACUCCUCCUACUACCCACUGACCGGGGACACCAGAUUUGAAUUGGAACUGAGGCCAACGGGAGAGGUAGAGCAGUAUUCUUCCAGUGCAACCUAUGAGCUCAAGAGAGAAGGUCAAGCCUUGGUGGACACCCUGAAGUUUGUAACGCAAGCAGAAGGUGUGAAGCAAACCGAGGCCACUAUGAUGUUUAAAUAUAAUCGGCAGAGGAGGACUUUGUCCAGUGAAAUCCAAAUUCCGGAUUUUGAUGUUGACCUGGGGACAAUCCUCAGAGUCAGUGAUGAAUCUGCUCAGGAUAAAAAAGCUUACAAGCUCACCUUGGACAUUCAGAAUAAUAAGAUCACUGAAGUCACUCUCACUGGCCAUAUGAGUUGCGACAUGAAGGAAAAAGGCAAAAUCAAAGGUGUAAUUUCCAUACCUCGUUUGCAAGCAGAAGCCAGAAGCGAGAUCCUGACCCACUGGUCCCCCACGAAACUACUGUUGCAAGUAGACUCCUCUGCUACAGCUUUUGGCUCCAGGGUUUCCAAGAAGGUGGCAUGGCGCUAUGAUGAAGAGAAAAUGGAAUUUGAAUGGAAUGCUGGCACCAAUGUGGACACCAGAAAAGUGGCUUCUAAUUUCCCUGUGGAUCUCUCUGAUAUCCCUCAGAGCUUGCUGAUGUAUGCCAACAGCCUUUUGGAUCACAGAGUCCCUCAAACAGACAUGACUUUCCGCCAUAUGGGUUCCAAAUUAAUAGUUGCAACAAACACCUGGCUUCAGAAGACAUCCAGGAACCUUCCUUACACCCAGAUUUUGCAAGAUCACCUCAGUGGCCUCGAGGAAAUGAACCUACAGAAAAUGGGAUUGCCAGACUUCCACCUCCCAGAAAACCUGUUCUUGAAAAGUGAUGGCCGGUUCAAAUACACCUUGAACAAGAAUAGUGUGCAAUUUGAGAUUCCUGUGCCUUUUGGUGGCCGAUCCUCCCAAGAUCUAAAUAUCUUAGAAACUGUCCGGACUCCAGCCCUCCACUUCAAGUCCGUGGGGUUCCAGCUGCCAUCUCAAGAGUUCCGAAUCCCCACUUUUGUCAUUCCCAAGGUGUAUCUACUACGGGUCCCCCUCUUGGGUGUUCUGGACCUGUCCACAAAUGUCUACAGCAAUGCCUACAACUGGUCUGCCUCCUUCACGGGAGGCAACACCAGCACAGAUCACUUCGGCCUGAAGGCUCAGUACCUCAUGAGAGCCAUGUCCGCAGUCGACCUGUUCUCCUACAGCGUGCAAGGAUCAGGAGAAACAACGUAUGACCACAGGAAUACAUUCACUUUAUCAUGUGAUGGAUCUCUACGCCAUAAAUUUCUGGAUUCAAAUAUUAAAUUCAAUCAUGUAGAAAAAAGUGGAAAGAAUCCAGCCUCCAAAGGUCUACUAACCUUCGAUGCAACUAGUGCCUGGGGACCACAGCUGUCUGCUUCAGUUCACUUGGAUACAAAAAAGAAGCAGCAUUUGAAUGUCAAAGAAGUGAAGGUCGAGGGGCAGUUCAGAGUCUCCUCCUUCUAUACAAAAGGCAUUUGGGGCCUGGCUUAUCAGAGAGAUCUGAACACAGGGGAGCUGCAUGGAGAGUCCAACCUGAGAUUUAACUCCUCCUACAUCCAGGGCACCAGCCAGAUGACGGGAAGAUACGAAGAUGGAGCACUCACCUUUACCUCCAACUCCGAUCUGCAAGAUGGCCUGCUGAAGAACACAGUUUCCCUGAAGUAUGAGAACUAUGAGCUGACUGUGAAAUCUGACACCAAUGGGAGGUACAGGGACUUUGCCACUUCCAGCAAAGUGGACGUGACCGUCUCUAGACAAAAUGCCCUGUUCCGGUCUGAGUAUCAGGCGAAUUACAACGCACUGAGGUUCUACUCCGUGCUUUCUGGAUCGCUCGAUUCCCAUGGCCUUGAAUUAAAUGCUGACGUCUUGGGCAGUGACACACUUAACAGCGGUGCUCACAAGGCCACACUCAGGGUUGACCGGGGUGGGCUGUCUACCAGUGCAACUACCAACUUGAAGUACAGCCCCUUGGUUCUAGAGAAUGAGCUGAACGCGGGGGUUGGUUUCUCUGGAGCUACCUUGAAAUUAACAGCAAACGGCCGCUUUAGGGAGCACCAUGCAAAACUCAUUCUAGACGGAAAAGCUGGCCUCACAGAGAUAUCCUUGGGCAGUGCUUAUCAGGCAAUGAUUCUGGGUGUUGACAGCAAAAACAUUUUCAACUUCAAAAUCAACCAAGAAGGACUUAAGCUUUCCAGUGACAUGAUGGGGUCGUAUGCUGAAAUGAAACUUGACUAUACAAAUAGUCUGACCAUGGCAGAUUUGUCCCUGGACUUCGCUUCCAAACUUGACAAUGUGUAUAGCUCGGACAAAUUUUAUAAGCAAAACUUUCAUUUAAAGCUUCAGCCCUAUGCUCUGGUAACGACCUUAAACAACGACCUGAAAGUCAACGCUCUGCAGCUGACCAACAAUGGGAAAUUACAGCUGGAACCCCUGAAGCUGAAUAUGGGUGGGACCAUCAAAGGGGCCUAUGAAAACAAUGAGAUAAAACAUAUCUAUGCCAUGUCUUAUGCUGAUUUAUCCGCAACUUAUAAAGCAGACACGGUAGCUAAAGUUCGAGAUGCGGAAUUUAGCCAUCGGCUCAGCACAGACAUUGCUGGCCUGGCUUCAGCCAUUGAUAUCAGUACAAACUAUAACUCAGACUCGUUGCAUUUCAGUAAUGUUUUCCACUCUACAAUGGAACCUUUUACGAUGACUAUUGAUGCUCAUACAAAUGCCAACGGGAAACUGGCUCUCUGGGGGGAACACACUGGACAGCUAUACAGCAAAUUGUUAUGGAAAGCCAAACCUCUGGCCCUGACCUUCUCCCAUGAUUACAAAGGAUCCACGAGUCACCAUCUUAUGACAAAGAGAAGCAUCGAGACAGCUCUUGAGCACCAAGUCAAUGCUCUGCUGACUCCAGCUGAGCAGAUGGGUACCUGGAAACUGAAGACCCAAUUAAACAAACACGAAUACAGCCAGGACUUCGAUGCUUACAACACAAAAGACAAAGUAGGUGUGGAGCUCAGUGGACGAGCCUUGGCUGACCUCACUGUGCUGGACUGGCCAAUUAACGUGCCCUUUAUACUCACUGAGCCCGUCAAUGUAUUUGAUGCCUUAGAGAUGAGAGACGUUGCUGACCAACCCCAAGAAUUUACUAUUGUUGCUUCUGUGAAGUAUGAUAAGAACCAAGAUGUUCACACCAUCGACCUCCCAUUCUUGCAAAUUCUGCCGGAGUAUUUUGAGAAAAACCGAAUAGCAAUUAUAACUGCACUGGAAAGGAUACAGAGGCAUUUGAAGCACAUCAAUAUUAAUCAAAUUUCUAGGAAAUACAAAGCAUCCCUGGACCAAGUCCCACAACAAGUCAAUGACUAUCUGAAGGCAUUUAAUUGGGAGGCACAAGUUACUAAUGCUAAGGAGAAAUUAACUGCUUUCACAAAAGAUUAUAGAAUCACAGCAAAUGAUCUACAAAUUGCAUUGGAUAAUGCCAAAAUCAACUUGAAUGAAAAACUGUCUCAACUACAGACCUAUGUGAUACAAUUUGAUCAGUAUAUUAAAGAUAAUUAUGACCUACAUGAUUUAAAAUUAGCCAUUGCUAAGAUUAUUGACCUAAUCAUUGAAAGAUUAAAAGUUCUUGAUGAAAAUUAUCGUAUCCGUGUGAACUUAAUAAAAACCAUCCAUGAUCUACACGUACUUGUUGAAAAGAUUGAUUUUAACAAAAUGGGAAGUAGCACUGAAGCUUGGAUUCAAAAUAUGGACACUAAAUAUCAAAUCAGAAUCCAACUACAAGAAAAAUUACAACAGCUCAGGACACAGAUUCAGAAUAUAGACAUUCAACACCUUGCAGAGAAGCUAAAACACCAGGUUGAGACUAUUGAUAUCAGAGUGCUUUUAGAUCACUUGAGAACUGCAAUUCCAAUUCAGAGUCUAAAGGACAUUAUUGAACAUGUCAGACACUUUGUUGUAAACCUUAUUGAGGAUUUGGAGGUAACGGAAGUCAUCAAUGCUUUCAGAGCUCAAGUCCAUGACUUAAUUAAGAAGUAUGAGGUUGACCAACAAAUCCAGGUUUUAAUGGAUAAGUCAGUCCAGUUGGCUCAUCAAUAUAAGUUAAAAGAGACCCUUCAGAGACUAAGCAGUGCCUUAAAACGAGUUGAGAUCAAAGCGUACUUUGAGAAGUUGGUUGGGUGUAUCGAUGACGUUGUCAAAAAGCUUAAAGCAUUACAUUUUGAAAAUUUUAUGGGAGAAGUUAACAGAUUCCUUGACGUGUUGGUAGAGAAAUUAAGGUCAUUUGAUUACAACCAGUUUGUGGAUGAAACCAAUAACAAAAUCCGUGAGAUGACUCAGAGAAUCAACAGUGAAAUCCUGGCUGUGGAUCUACCACAGAAAGUGGAAGCCUUAAAAGUAUUUGUGGAGGAAGUCAAAGCGGUGAUGUCAGUCUACUGGGCAGCCCUCAAGGACACAAAAAUAACCGUAUUCCUCGAUUGGCUGCAAGAGGCUUUCAGUUCCACCUCUUUACGUUACAUGAAAGCCAGAUUCCAAGAGACCCUGGAAGAUACACGAGACCGAGUGUAUCAAAUGGACAUUCAGCAGGAACUGCAACGCUACCUGUCUCUGAUAAGCCAGGCCUACAAAACGCUGGUCAUGUACGUCUCUGAUUGGUGGAUCCUUGCUGAGAAGGCCCUUACUGACUUCGCAGAGCAGUAUUCCAUCCAAGACUGGGCUGAGAGCAUAAAAGGACUUGUAGAACAGGGGUUCACAGUUCCUGAAAUACGGACCGUGUUCUGGGCCAUGCCUUCCUUUGAAGUCAGUCUUCGAGCUCUUAAAGGAGCCACAUUUCAGACUCCUGACUUCAUAGUCCCCAUGACCGAUUUGAGAAUUCCAUCAGUUGAGAUAAACUUCAAAACAUUGAAAGAUAUCAAAGUCCCAUCCAAGUUUACCACACCAGAAUUCACUGUUCUCAAUACCUUUCAUGUACCGUCUUUUACAAUUGACUUGAUAGAAAUUAAAGCAAAACUCAUCCGAACCAUUGACCAGAUGCUGAGCAGUGAGCUUCAAUGGCCUGUUCCAGAAAUUUACCUAAGGGAUCUGAAGGUGAAUGACACUCUUCUUGCUGGAAUAACUCUGCCAGACUUCUAUUUACCACAAUUCACGAUUCCUGAAAUCAUAAUCCCCAAGAUCAACGUUAAAGAUUUUGAAGUUCCCAACCUCCACAUACCAGAAUUCCAGCUUCCCCACAUCUCACACACAAUCCAAAUCCCCACUUUUGGCAAGCUGUAUGGCAUUCUGAAAAUCCAGUCUUCUCUUUUCACACUCGAUGCAAAUGCUGCCAUUCAGAAUAUAACCACGUCAGUGAACAAGGCGGAGAUGGUGGCUACUUUCACUGCCAAAGGAGAAUCCAAAUUAGAAGUUCUCAAUUUUGAUUUUCAAGCAAAUGCACAACUGUCGGACUCUGAGCUCAAUUCGAUCAUUGUGAAGGAAUCUAUGAAGCUCUCCAACAAGUACCUGAAAACAGAGCAUUCGAGUCAAGUGGUAUUUUCUGGAAACGCAAUUGAGGGAAAAUCGGACACGUUGGCAAGUUUACACACAGAAAAAAAUACAAUGGAGCUUAGCAACAGUAUGCUUCUCAAUAUAAACCAGCAGUUUGCCCUGGAAAGCAACACGAAAUACACCCACAAAUUAAGCAUCCCCCAAUUGGACUUUUCCAGUCAGGCUGACCUGCGCAAUGGAAUGAAGACCCUGUGGGAAGCUGGCCGCAUAGGGUGGACUUCUUCUGGUACAGGGUCAUGGAAAUGGGCCUGCCCCAAAUUCUCCGAUGAGGGAACACAUGAAUCACAAAUUAACUUCACCGUGGAAGGGCCCACCGCUUCCUUUGGUUUGUCCAACAAGAUCAACAGUAAACACCUGAGAGUGAACCAAAAGUUGCUUGGUGAAUCUGGCUUUCUCAACUAUCUGAAAUUUGAAAUCGAGUCACAAGUUGACUCGCAGCACGUAGGUCGUAGCAUUCUAACAGCCAAGGGUGCAGCACUGCUGGGAGAGAUGAAGGCUGAGAUAACGGGCACCCAUGAUGCUUCCUUAAAUGGCAAAGUUAUUGGAACUCUGAAAAAUUCUCUUGUCUUCUCAGCACAGCCAUUUGAGAUAAUGGCAUCCACGAACAAUGAAGGAAAUCUGAAAGUUAGUUUUCCGUUCAAGUUGACAGGGAAGAUAGACUUCCUGAAUAAUUACGCACUGCUUCUGAAUCCUAGUGUCCAGCAAGCAAGUUGGCAAGCCAGUGCCAGGUUCAAUCAGUACAAAUACCAUCAAAACUUUUCUGCUGGGAACAAUGAGAACAGCAUGGAAGCCCAUGUAGGAAUGAAUGGAGAAGCCAACCUGGAUUUCUUAAACAUUCCUUUAACAAUUCCUGAAAUGACUCUACCUUACAUGACAUUAACAACUCCCCAGGUGAAAGAUUUCUCCUUAUGGGAAAGAACGGGCUUGAAGGACUUCUUGAAAACGACAAAGCAAUCCUUCGAUUUAAGUGUCAAGGCUCAGUAUAAGAAGAACAAAGGCAGGCAUUCCAUCCCAGUGCCUUUGGAUGUGUUUUAUGAUUUUAUCAAUCAGCACAUCAAAUCCUUCAACAAGUACUUGGAGAAAGUCAGAGACAGUGCAGUCUAUCUUCAAUCCGAAAGCUACAAUAUCCCUUGGAGUCUCAGGAAACUUUCCCUUCCAGAUUUCCAGCUGCCCCAAACCUCAAACAACAUUUUCGUUCCAGCCCUGGGCAAUAUGACCUAUGAGUUUUCCUUUAAAUCAAGUGUCAUCACAUUGAAUACCAACGUCGGCCUUUAUAAUCAGUCGGAUAUCGUUGCUCAUUUGCUUUCCUCCUCUUCCUCCUUUAUUACUGCGCUCCAGUACAAAUUAGAGGGCACCUCAAGUCUGACGAGGAAAAGAGGGCUGAAGUUGGCCACCGCUUGGUCCCUAAGUAACAAGUUUGUGGAAGGCAGCCACGACAGUACCAUGAGCCUAACCAGGAAAAACAUGGAAGCCUCGAUGGCCACAAGUGCAAACGUCCAGUUUCCAAUUUUGAGAAUGAAUUUUAAGCAAGAACUGAAUGGAAACACCAAGGCAAAGCCUACUCUCUCUGCAGCCAUUGAGUUAAAGUAUGAUUUCAAUUGCCCCAGGCUAUACUCUGCGGCCAAAGGAGCGGUGGACCACAAGUUCAACUUCGAAGGCCUCUCUUCCUACCUUUCCAUGGAAUCAUCUACCAAAGGAAACGUCAAGGGUUCAGUCCUUUCACGGGAAUAUUCAGGGAAUCUCGCCAGUGAGGUGAAUACGUAUUUGAAUUCCAAGGGCACUCGAUCUUCCGUGAUACUGCGAGGGGCUUCCAGGCUUGAUGGCAUCUGGAAUUUAGAAGUGAAGGAAAAUUUUGCAGGAGAAGCCACUCUCUCCCGCAUAUAUGCCAUCUGGGAACACAGCACGAAAAACCUUUUACAGCUACAGGGCACAUUUGUAACCUCUGGAGAGCACACAAGCAAAGCCACUCUGGAACUCUCUCCAUGGAAAAUGGCAGCCCUGGUGCAGGUCCGGGCAAGCCAGCCCAAUUCCCUCCUUGACAUUCCUUACUUUGGCCAGGAAGGGGUGCUGAAUGCUGACACUGAGAACCAGAAGGUCAGUUGGAAAAGUGAGGUCCAGGUUCACACUGGUUCUCUCCAGAGCAACUUCCAGCUUUCCAAUGGCCAAAAAGAGGCACGUCUUGACAUCGCAGGGUCUUUAGAAGGACACCUGUCUUUCCUCAAAGAAGUCGUCUUACCAAUUUACGACAAGAGCGUAUGGGACCUGCUGAAACUGGAUGUAACCACUAGCAGUGGCAGGAGACAGUCCCUCCAUGCUGCAACCGCCCUGGUGUACACGAAAAACCCCAACGGCUAUUAUUUUUCUAUCCCUGUGAAAGAACUGGCCGAUGAGUUCAUUAUCCCUGGACUGAAACUCAACGAUCCAAACUCAAUUCUUGUCACUCCAACGUGGCGAGUCCCAUUAACGAACCUUCAUAUUCCAUCGUACACACUUGACUUCAGUGAAAUAAAAAUCAGUAAGAAGUUAAGUACGUCACCAUUUGACCUCAACAUACCAACACUACCCAAAGUAAAAUUCCCCCAAAUAGAUGUGUUGACAAAAUAUUCCGAACCAGAAGAAUCCUCGGUUCCCUUUUUUGAGGUCACUGUGCCUGGGUCUCAGUUAAUUGUGUCACCGUUUACCCUCUCAAAGAGUAUUUCUGUGGGCAGUGCUACUCUGGAUCUUAAUAAAAUAGCCAACAAGAUUGCAGACUUUGAUUUGCCAACCAUCACUGUCCCUGAGCAAAUGAUUGCCGUUCCUUCCAUGACGUUUUCUGUGCCUGCUGGAAUUUUCAUUCCUUCUUUGGGAUCACUGAGUGCCCGUUUUGCAGUGACCUCUCCCUUGUAUAAUUCCACGUGGAGUGCUGGCUGGAAAAACAAAGCGGAUCACUUUGAAACGUUUCUGGAUACUACCUGCAGCUCGACCCUCCAGUUCCUGGAAUACGAUCUCAACAUUGUGGGAACACACAAGUUUGAAGAUGGAGCAUUAGUUUGUAAGACCCAAGGAACAUUUUCACACCGUGACCUCAGCGCAGAAUAUAAAGAAGAUGGCAAAUACCAAACCCUUGCAGACUGGUUAGGAGAGGCUCGCCUUGAUAUCACCAGCCCCAAAUUCACGGAUAUUCAUCUGCACUACCAAUCAGAUGAGAAGAGCCUCUUCUCCUCAAUAGCCUCCUCAGCCAUAGGCUCUGUGGUCUUAAACUUGGAAGAAGAGGAUGAGGAUGCUUUUAAAUUGGAGUUUUACUACCUCCCUCAGUCCUCUCCAGGCAAAAAGUUCAACAUACUCACAACUGAAUGGAAGUACCAAGAAUCUGAUAAUGAAAUGCAAAUAAAAGUCAACUGGGAAGAAGAAGCAACUUCCCAACUGCUAAGUUCUCUCAAAGACAACGUGCCCAAGGCCACCGGAGCCCUUUACGACUAUAUCAACGUGUACCACCGGGAGCACACAGGAGUAGAUCUGAGAGACGUGUCCUCGCGGCUAAGAAGAAGUAUAGAGAACGGUGCUGAGCUGGCCUACCUAGGAGCUCUGAGACAAAUCAAUAAGGCAGACAUAGGGCUCAGGAGAGCAGCCGGCAGCACGGCAAGGGCCUACAAGCAGUGGAAGGAUGAGGCGCAGAAUCUGUACCAGGACUACUUUCAGAACCUUUCAGAUAGAGUGUAUGACAGCUCAAUACAAGUAAUUCAAACCUACAACACAACAAUCACACAUCUGAUUGACUCCCUCAUUGAAUUCUUGAGGGCCAUUAGAUUCCAGCUCCCAGGGAAAGCCAGGACAUAUACUGGAGCUGAACUCUGCACUAUGGUCACAAGCGAAGUAGGGAAGGUACUGUUUCAAGGAAAUUUAAUAGUCCAAAGUGGAUUAAAUGUACUAAUUGCCUAUGUCCAUGAGUUAGGGAAGAACUCAGAAUUGAUUAAGCGCUUGGAGUUUAUACUUCCUUUUCAUUAUGGCACCUAUUCACUAACUGAUGAAUUUGUAGGGGCUGGGAAACUGUUACAUGCUUUAUUAGAAGAGAUUCAAAAAGAAUUUAAUCGUCUUCAGUCUAAGACGAGUACAGAGUUGCUAACUGAUCUUAAGGCAUUACAGCAAGAAAUUCUCCAAGAGGUGGAAAAGAAAGUAUUGAAACUAAAGAGGAAUAAAUUGUCUGAUGUUGUUAGUACCAUCCAAGACAUGAUCAGCAUGACUUUCAACAAGUUGAUUCCUUAUAUAUUUACAUGCCUUAAAGAACACCUUUAUAACUUUAAGGAACUUGCUCAAAACAAAAUUCAGGAAGUUUCUCAGAAGUUAAAGGAACUCCAUGAGUACAUAAAGACUCUGCGGGAAGAAUAUUUUGAUCCAAGCAUGGUGGGUUGGACAGUGAAAUAUUAUGAACUUGAAGAAAAAGUCACUAACAUAGUCACGACCCUCAUAAUCAUCCUCCAAGACUUGCAUUCCACAUACACCGUCACUUCUGCUUAUUUUAUUUCUGAACUCUCAAGUCAAUAUGAGCAAUUUAUGUCUGAAAAUGUCCAGGAAUAUCUUAUCAUCCUUGCUGAUGGACAUGGGAAGGGGACGGAGAAGAUUACAGAGCUUUGUACUAUUGCUCAGGAUAUAAUUAAACGCUGGGCGACUGCAAUGAAGGAAAUCAUUUCUGGUUACUACCAGCAGUUCCCAUUGAAACUACAAAAUUUUGCAGACCAACUCUCUGAUUACUAUGAGGAAUUUCUUACUGAAUCCAAAAGAUUGAUUGACCUGUCCAUUCAAAAGUACCACAUGUUUCUGAGCUAUCUCACUGAGUUGCUGAACAAACUGCAAUCAGACAUAGCCAAUGACCUGAGCCCCUACUUCAAGGUUGUCCCAGGAGAAAUUAUUAUUACCUUCUGAUUUUUCCAAUUAAUUCUCAUUUAUUCUUCUGAUGCAAUUGAACUUUUACAUCAUUGAGGAAACCAUUCAGGCGGUUUGUGUUGAUCGAACCAUACAUGGGCCGAGGCUUUCAGAAGUGAGGUGACUGGCUAGGAGUCACUUGAUCGACGCAUGUCAACAGUUGGGCAGGGAGCCAGCCGUGAAGCAGGCAGCUAAGUGCAUGCAAAAGCAAACAGGAACCUGACCUGCACUGAAGCCGAAAUCAGAACUCUAAAGGUCUCUGAACUCUGAGGAACUACGUUUUUGCAAGUUAAAUAAAAAUCAUCAUGUUCUUUUGCUAAACUUGAGGUGGGGGUGGGGGGGGAACACAAAUAAAUGA